UUCCUCUUUACCUAUACUUGAAUUAUAAGACUGUUCAAAGCCAAAUUAAACAUUAGUCGUUUACAUUUUUACUUAAAUCGUAAUCUGCAGUGCAGAAUUUAAAUACCUCACGUAUAUUAUCGUAUAUCACACAAUUUCUAUUUAUAAAAUGGUGCGCACCUCGGUGCGAUAAAUAUUAUUUUGCCGCAUAUUGCUGCAUUGCUGGUGGCAUCAUGAAGCGUCAGAACGUCCGCACUCUGUCCCUGGUGGUGUGCACGUUCACAUAUUUGCUGAUCGGUGCGGCAGUUUUCGACGCUUUAGAGUCUGAAACUGAGAGCAAGAGGUGGGAAGUUCUUUCUGACAUGAGGAAUGGUCUAAUGCGUAAAUACAACAUCACCCCAGAAGACUACCACAUGAUAGAGAUAGUUAUAAUAGAGAACAAGCCGCACAAAGCGGGGCCACAGUGGAAGUUCGCCGGGGCAUUUUACUUCGCCACUGUGGUGUUGGCUAUGAUUGGGUAUGGGCACUCUACUCCGGUUACUGUGGGAGGCAAAGCAUUCUGUAUGGCUUAUGCUAUGGUGGGUAUUCCUCUAGGCCUAGUGAUGUUCCAAAGCAUAGGCGAGCGUCUCAACAAGUUCGCCUCAGUCGUGAUACGCAGAGCGAAGUGCUACCUGCGCUGUGAGACUACGGAGGCCACGGAGAUGAACCUCAUGUUUGCGACGGGGAUGCUGUCUAGUAUAAUUAUUACUACAGGUGCAGCAGUGUUUUCUCGUUAUGAGGGCUGGAGUUACUUCGACAGCUUCUACUAUUGCUUUGUGACGCUGACAACCAUCGGCUUUGGAGACUAUGUGGCUUUACAGAACGACCAAGCAUUGACCAGUAAACCGGGCUACGUGGCGCUCAGUCUAGUAUUCAUUCUAUUUGGGCUGGCGGUGGUGGCCGCUAGCAUCAACUUGCUGGUACUACGGUUCAUGACCAUGCAAGCCGAAGAAAAUGCUCGUGACGAAGAGAAAGAAGCCGCCAGAACUAUACUUCCCCUGGAUGCUCAUGGUCUCGAAGGCAGGCACCACGAUGACCAGGCUUCGGUAAGCGACGUAUGUUCCUGCAACUGUCUCGGCAGUAAGGCGUGUGAAGGCGAGCUGUUGCCCGCCUCCACACACAGAGGCUCGCUCGAGAUACUCGAACGCGCCUCCGUCUGAACACAUGGUAUCAAGAACAGACUACAUAAUCGAGUGAGAUUCAUUGAAAAUCAACACACACAUACAUUAAAUAAAUAAAUAUUAUAGGACAUUCU